UUUUUCCCGUUCCGUCGAGGUAAUCUGUCCGUUCCGGUGCCGUGAGGUUGGGGGAAAGAGGCUCCCAGGACAAGAUGGAGGAAGAAACGGCGUGAGGUUCCAACUGGGCCUGGAGAAGGAAUGGACCAGGAUGACAGUGAAGGGGAAGCUGAGCUCAGGAAGCAGUCGGUUGGCGGUUGGGGUUUACUUCAGAUUGCUGGAUGCACAGGAUUAACUGCAUAUGUAGUAUGGGCAGGAAUACUGAUGCCGGGUUUCAGGAGGGUCCCUCUAAGAUUACAGGUACCCUACAUACCUGCAAGCCACAAACAGGUGCAAAAUGUGAUGACUUUACUGGAAGGCCGGUCUGGCAAAGUGGUGGACUUGGGAUCAGGUGACGGCCGAAUUGUUUUAGAAGCCAGUAGACAUGGCUUUCAUCCAGCAGUUGGCUAUGAAUUAAAUCCAUGGCUCAUCAGGCUGUCAAAGUUCUACGCUUGGAGAGCUGGCUGUUACGGCCAGGUUUCUUAUGUGAGACAAGAUUUAUGGAAGGUUGAUUUGUCAGACUGCUCGAAUGUCACAGUUUUCCUAGCUCCUAGUGUGCUUUCGUUACUAGAAGUCAAGUUGUUAUCUGAACUUCCAGAAGAUGCCUGGAUUGUUGCUGGUCGAUUCCCUUUCCCAAAUUGGAAACCUUGCUGCACUGUUGGGGAUGGAGUGGACAGAACUUGGCGUUAUAGUGUCAAGCAACUACGACAAGAACGUGUUUCCCAGAUCACACAUGAAGGAACAGCAGUGUAACAUCCGCUGACAAGCCAAUAGUUGCAAAAAAGCAACUUUCAAGAGGAGACUGUUAAAUAAUUUUUUAUUUUAAGCUGCAAGCCGCACAUUGGAUUUUUAAAAAAACUUACAAGAGGUCUUUAUUUCAAAGCCAGAGGAUCCUCUGUAAUAAAUUACAUGAUAAUCUUGGAUUCUUUUUCAAUCCAAUGUUGCAACUUGACAAUGUACAUCUUUUAAGAAUGGAAAGUUGUUGCCUUGCUAAUUAGAGAAGGGUAAGCAAUCUGGUCUUGCUUAAAAGAGGAAUUUCCUUCCUUGAUACAACACAGGAAAUUUUAGAGUGAGGUUUUCUGACAGAUCAAACUUUCAAAGAUGCUGCCACUUGUCAUAAUGUGUGACUACUAUGCUAAGCAGUGGGGUGCAAGGCUGUCCCUUGCCAUAACUUCCAACAUAAAUGAAAUUCUACAGUUAGUUUGAGAGAAGCAGAGAGCCAAUGUCUUCGUGCUGGCAUCCAUUUAGAGCAUAACUUUAUGGAGCUUAUGACAUGUGUCUGGCUCUCUUCCUGAUUGUGAAUGGUGAUUGUUUUGAGCCCCUUUGAGACUAUUAUCCUUUAAAAAUGUGAAUCUUUCACUGACCAAUGCAAUUAAUUCCACAAAAUUAUGUAACAUUUUAAACUUCUUACUGCAACAAGCAAAUUAAACUCAACAUUGACUAAACAUGAUUUAGUAGUCAUCUAGAGUACAAAACAGAUUUCCCCAUUAGGUUCCUAAUACAAU